AUCGCCCCGCCCCGGGGGUGGGGUCCCAGCUGCCCCGCCCGCCCGCUCAGCGGCCUGACGGGCGGUGACCGCGGAGCCUUCCGCCGACUCCGCUGCCGCGGGCUGCUGCGCCUUCCCGGCCCGGACUAGCAGCGGUCGAGGGCGUUCUCCAGGGAGGCUCAAAAGUGGGGGCACUGGGGCAUCCGGGCUGCCCAGCCCACUCUGCUGACCAGGCCUUUCCAUGGAGGACACAGGCGAGGACCCCACCAUAUUCACUGCCCAUUCUCUGCCCAGUGACCCCCGCUUCUUGGCCACUGUGACCAACACAUACCUGGGCACACGUGUGUAUCAUGACACACUGCAUGUGAGUGGUGUGUACAAUGGGGCUAGAGGGGACACGCACCGGGCCGUUCUGCCCAGUCCCCUCAAUGUCCAGCUGGAGGCCCCUACAGGGACAGGAGAGCAGCUGACCAAGACCUUUGUCCUGGACACUAACACAGGCUCCUUUCUGCACACUGUGGAGGGCCCCAGCUUCCGGGCCUCCCAGUGCAUCUAUGCCCACCGCACGCUGCCACACGUCCUGGCCUUCAGUGUGUCCAUCACCCGCCUGGCUGCGGGGAGCUGGCCUAUCACGGUGCUGCUGCGGUCGGACUUCUCCCCACACAGCCCAGACCUGGAACUGCAUCUAGGUCCUGACUUCCAGGGAGCCCGGUACCUGUAUGGCCACACACUCACCCCUGAGCAGCCUGGGGGGCUGCAGCAGGAAGUGCAUAUGCUGUGGACACCUGUGCCCCUGGCUCUGACCCUGGGGGAAGGAGAGGAGGACAGGACCUGGGAGUUCCUGACCGUGGUGGGUGGCAGCCAGGCUGAGGUCCACGUCUGCCUGGCGGAGGCCCUGCAGCUGCAGGCCAGGGGCGCUCUCUACACUGCCCAUACCCAGGCCUGGGCCCAGCUCUGGGCAGCCUGUGGCCUCGAUGUGGAGGGGCCCAUGCCCCUGCGCCAGGCUCUGCGUGGCGCCCUCUACUACCUGCUCAGUGCUUUGCCCCACCCUGGGGCCCCAGGAGACCUCUGCCAGGGCCUCAGCCCUGGGGGCCUCUCCAACGGGAGCCGUGAGGAAUGUUACUGGGGCCACGUCUUCUGGGACCAGGAUCUCUGGAUGUUCCCAAAUAUCCUGAUGUUCCACCCAGAGGCCGCCAGGACUCUCCUGGAAUACCGCAUCCGGACGCUGAGUGGGGCCCUGGACAAUGCCCGGAAACUUGGCUACCAGGACUUACAGCUCUUCAGAGAAGCUGGUGGCUGGGACGUGGUCAAGGCCGUGGCUGAGUUUUGGUGCAGCCGUGUGGAGUGGAGCCCUGGGGAGGAGAGGUACCACCUGAGGGGAGUCAUGCCCCCCGAUGAAUACCACUCAGGCGUCAACAACUCUGUGUACACCAACAUCCUGGUCCAGAACAGCCUGCACUUUGCUGCCGUCCUGGCCUGCGACUUGGGUCAGCCUGUCCCCAACCAGUGGCUGGUGGUGGCUGAUAAGAUCAAGGUGCCCUUUGACCCAAAGCGGCACUUCCACCCAGAGUUCGAUGGGUACCAACCUGGAGAGGAGGUGAAGCAGGCAGACGUCGUGCUCCUGGGAUACCCCGUCCCGUUCCCCCUCAGUCCUCACGUUCGCAGGAACAACCUGGAGAUUUAUGAGGCUGCGACGUCCCCCCAGGGUCCUGCCAUGACCUGGAGCAUGUUUGCAGUGGGCUGGAUGGAGCUGAAGGACCCCCAGCGGGCGUGGGGCCUCCUGGAGAGGAGCUUUGCCAACAUCACCGAGCCCUUCAAGGUGUGGACGGAGAACGCUGAUGGUUCAGGUGCUGUGAACUUCCUGACAGGCAUGGGGGGCUUCCUGCAGGCAGCACUCUUUGGGUUCACGGGGUUCAGGAUCACCCAUAGUGGCCUGACCUUCGACCCCAUGUGUCCGGCGGGGGUCUCUGGAGUGUGUGUCUCUGGCAUCUUCUACCAGGGGAACAAGUUUGACUUCUGCUUUUCUCAGGGCUCUGUGGCAGUUGAGGUCACAGCCCAGGCAGGGCCCUGGGCCCCCCUGCUGGAGGCUGAGCUGUGGCCAUCACAGGCUAGGCUCCCCCUUCCCCCUGGAGUCAUGCCAGAGAGCCAGGGUAUGUGCCCUCACCCACAGGGUGCCCACUCGCCCUACAGGACACAAGGUCUACUUCCCCUACUCAGCUGGCCGGAUACAGAGGUCACUCCCGUAGCAGAACCAGCAAGUUCUCCUCCAAGAGAAUUUGAGAGAAGACAUGGGAGAAUCUUUUGAAGACAUUGACACCAGCACCAGAGCCCACAGGACCCCCUCUGGGACUCCCUGGGCCCUGCAGCCCCACCGUGUCUUCACCCGGGCACUGUCCUGGGCACUGCCCUUGAACAACAGGGCCCUUUGGCCUUAGGGCCCUCGGGUGCUCCCCUUUGACCACUCUUUCUACGGUCGCCGCCACCUAUCGUUGACCCCCUCCGGGCCUACCAUCCUCUGCAGCCCAGCUCAGGCCCUACGUAAAGUCCAAUUUUUAGCCAGUU